AUCCAUCGAUGAUUUCUUGAUGGUGUUUGGCUUUGAUUAUAAGAAGAAUCAAGCGUAAAAAAUUGUUUUUGAAUUGGUAUACUCGUAUAAGCAAUCGUGGGAAGUCAAUGAAAUUCAACAUUUGAAAUAUAUCCAGUCUUAUACUUGUGAGAAUGUGCCUAAUGGAAAUUAUUAUGGAUCCAACAACCUAGAAACCCGAAAGUGCAUAUAAGGAUGCAUACCGAUAGCAAGUCGGCACUACUAAUCAUCAUUCGAAAUCGUGGUUGCACACAUGCAUAAAUAUUAUUUCGGAUUAUUUCUAAUUAUUAUCGCGAUGUGUGCCAAAGUGUACACCGCGAAAAAGUGCGAAGGAAAUGGCCUAGGAUUGAAAUAUGUAUGGGGGGAUGCAUUAACAGACUCGCUAGAUUGCAUAGGACCUAAUAAUGUGCAAUAUCCUACAGCCGCGAUAUUGAGAACCUUUAAAAAUCUUUGGGCAAAUGGUCGAACCGCUAGAUAUCACCAGUCUCAAACUACCGAUCCCAAAAUAACGAGACAAGCCCUUCUUCAUAAUUACAAACUCGCACAGGGAGAUUUCUCAAUAACGGGUCAUGCACGAAAUGGACGAGGAUUUUCUGCAAAGGAAAGCUGCGGCUCUCCAAGCAGACUCUGUAAAACAAGGUAUAACACCACAGCACCUAUGUAUGGUGUCAGUUUGACGAGUGGUCAACCAGUGACAAUCGUACAAAAGUUUCCUGAUCUUCUUCAGCAAGUCGUAUUCGAAGUCUGCGAAUCGAAAGAAUGCGAUGUAGUCCAUGGUGAAUGCACGCAAACAUAUGUGCCUUACUUGUUUUUGGUGAUUCCUUUGGGGCCGGUGACCCUAACCGGUCAGGAUUACGUGCUGGUUGAGAGCGGUUGCGUCUGCAAGCCAAGGAAUUUGGCGAGUACAGCAUCCGAAGCGCCUGUUGUGCCAAGCUUCUAAGAAGCAUUUCUAAUUCAGAUAUGAAACGUUGAUGAUAAUGUCCAAUAAUUUCUUCGAUGAAGUUCUCUAAAAUUAAAGGGAGAAACACGAAGAAGGAUGAGACAUGUGGAGAUAUAAUAUGAAUAUUGUGACGACGUAAAUGAAAAUUUAAAGGACCGACUCGUCGAUCGAAAUAGUGAACUUUUUCAGGCGAUCGUCGAAAUUAUAGGAAAAUGUGUUUGAUGGCAAACAAAAAAUAUGUACGCAAUACGCAUACUGUAUAAAGAAGUUCAAAUUUAACGUAAUUAAUUAAUAUUAACAAAAUAUUUAACUUGUAAGAAAAUAUGAUUAAUCUAUGUAAAACUAUUACAAAAUUAUCACGAGACUUUUAUGUUUUGUUGAUAAGGAUAUACAAAUCGUUUCUUCGCUCCUAUUAUUUAUAUAUACUGUAAUAAGUAAAAAAAAUUAUUUUUAUCGUAUUAAUGUGUCUUGGAAAAAAAAAUGUCAUAUUAUUUUUCGAAGUCAUAUAUAAAAGUAGUUGAAGAGUAAAGCAAUGAUAUUGUGGUAGUUUAAAAAAGUAAAUUGGAGCAAGCGACGUGGUCCGCGGAAUCUGGUCUCGGAAUUCACAAUCCAGUUCACUAGACUCGCCUCGAGCCGGUUUUAAGCAGGUGUAUCGUAGAAUUCAACGAUCUCGUAUAAUCGAAGUAUUCUUCAUGGAAAACGGGGAGUAAUUCUAACCGUAACUUUCACAUUAUUUUGUUUUGAAUAGUCGUUACAAUCUAAACGAUUAAUUUUGAUAUAUUCAUGUUCGGAAUAUAUAUUUCAAAUCAAGUUUGAAAAAGAGAGCAUGUUGCAUCGAUAACUUUCAUUGGUCGAUAAAGAACACGUAGCUAAAUGGUCUUAUCGAUAGUGUAAAGAACCACUUUCGAAUCUUGUCCUUCUUGAGGAAAAGUAACAAGUAAAAUAAAAGACAGGGUCAAAAGCAAUGAACUUGACUCAUAGCAUUACUAAAUCAAUGUUUCAGUCGUUUUUUAAGGUUAAGGUCAGCGAAAGUUGCAUAUGUUAUUUCAAACUUGGUCGGUAAAGAAGAACACUCUCGAAAGGAAUGAAAAUUUGUUGUUAAAUGUCUAUAAUUUAAUAUGAUAAUUUUAAACAAACUCGAGACUACGAUAUGCUUCUUUCGAUACAUUGAAUAUACUUUUGACCCUGUUUACGUCCUCGAAAGAGAACGAUGGUAAGCUGUACCGAUGAACGGGAUGGAUGGACGCUGACCGAAUCGACUUUACUGUAAAUUCCGAUGAGUGUAAUGUACCGUUACAACUUUGCGGAACCCUUCACCUCGAUUCGCGUCUCUUACAUUUUUAUUUCUCUUAAUUGAUAGUUUAGCUUCAUGUGAUUGUACCAUUCUCAACACCUGUUAACACGACUUUAAAUUCAUAUUCUUACUGAAAAGCACAUACAUAUUUCUUUUCUUACAUUCCAUCUUUUAUUUUAUUUAUUAAAGGGUGAAUAUUUGACGAAUAUACAAUUGUAAUAAUUAAUGGUUAAUAUUGAAGAAUCAUCUGCGUUGUCGAACGAUUUUUGAGAUUAAGUUUCGUCAAUAAUUUAUUUCUUUAACAUUAUGUUCCUGUUUAAAUACGUUUAAAAAACACGUUAAGAGAUCGUUAAUAAUCGGCUAACUUCAUUGCUUGUAGGAAAAUGAAGACAAGAAAAACUAUUAAUAUAUGUGCUAAUUUUUCUAUUGAUAAUUAUUGAAUGCAUGUAUGUA